AUGGAUGGUAUCAUGGUGCAGGCGGAGAAACGACGACCAAGUUUGCCCCAUGAGAAGCCUAUGCUUUAUGUGUUCAGGGGUUAUGAGAUUAUUGCCCCCCAGAGUCCACGAAGUUCUGGGAAAAGAGAUGCCCUUGUUUCGGAAGAACUGGAAGCACCUUCCACUAAAAGAGAAAGAGGGGAGCUCAAAGAGGGGUGGAGACGUCUGAGCACUCUUGGGAAGUACCUGAUCACUUUCACAAGCAUUAAAAUGCUGGGGCCAAACCGAGCUGUCAAUGAUGUUUACAUUGAAGUGCUGUCAUGGCCUGUUAUCGAUAUUUUGAAGCGGAAACUUGACCCUGUUAAGUUACCAUUGGAGAUGAUCCCAAAUGAAUUUAAAACCUGGGGUGACUACAAAGAAGCAUUUCGCAAUCCAAUAUUACAGGAAAUCUGGGCUCAAAUAGACUCGGGCAUGGAUACCAUUUCGAGAUGCCUAUAUGUGCCUUGCCCUCAUGUCUCUAUGAAGAAUUCAAAUUCUACUAUGUACCAAAUCACGGGCAAUGCACCAGAAGGCGUUGUGCUAAAAAGUGGAGAUAUCAUGUUAUUUUCAGCAAAGGGAUUGAAUUCUAGAGAGCAAAUUAUUCAGGACAGGCUGAUGGAGAAUGUGGACUAUUUGAAGAAUCGUGUUUAUACGAAUGAUAGAAAUAAAGAGGAAAGGCUGUUGCGAGAUUCACAACUUGUAUUUUGCACUCCUUUCAUGUCGACUAGGUUGAAAUGUCAGCAAUACGACAUCUUGAUUAUUGAUGAGGCAGCAUACUUAAAAGAAUGUGAGUCAAUGGUCCCUCUCUCAAUUGACGGGAUAAAACAUUUGGUGCUUAUUGGGGAUGACAAGCAGCUCCAAUCAGUGGUAAUGAGCCAGAUUGCUAAAGAGGCUAAGUAUGGACGAAGCCUCUUUGAGAGAUUGUGUGAAAUUGGUUACCACAAGCACUUGUUAAAUGUGCAAUAUAGAAUGCAUCCUUACAUCAGCAAGUUUCCAAAUACAACUUUUUAUGAUGGAAGAAUUAUAGAUGCCACUAAAAACACAGCUGCCAAGAUUUUUGUUGGCAAUAUUUUUGGCAAUUAUUCAUUCAUUAAUAUUGAAGAUGGUAUAGAAGAGCAGAUUGGUCAGAGUGUACAAAAUAUGGUUGAAGCUGCUGUAGCAACUACUAUUGUUUCCAAGCUUUCUAAAGCAUGCAGCAACCAGAAUAAGAAAGCCAGCGUUGGUGUUAUAUCUCUUUAUGCAGCCCAAGUGAAUGCUUUGAAAGAAAAUAUUGGAACGAUUCAGACUGAUGAGCUUCUUUCUGUUGAAGUAAAAACUGUUGAUUCAUUUCAAGGUGAUGAGAAGGAUAUCAUAAUACUUUCAACAGUUAGAAACAAUAAAGUUGGGAAUAUAGGCUUUCUAGAUUCUGGUGGGAGAGCUAAUGUGGCCUUGACAAGAGCAAGGGAUUGCCUUUGGAUUCUUGGAAAUGAAAAAACUCUCAUUAAGAGUAAUUCAGUAUGGUCUAAGCUAGUCCAAGAUGCGAAAGGUCGUUUCUCUUUCUUUGAUGCUCAUGCUGACCCGGAUCUUGAUAGUGUAAUUAGUGGCUUCAAAUCUAUGAACAGUCCAUCACCAUCUGGGUGCAGUCAGCUAAAUAUGCAACUCGCAAGUGAUAUCAUAAUAGAGGCUGGAAUAGAGGAAGUAGAAGCAGUCGUUGAUUUUUCUCCUUCAACAAAGAGGCUCUGUUCGUCGUGUGAGGACCAGCUUGAUUUGUCUCCUAGUCACAUUCCUUCAAGGAAGAGGCUCUGUUCUUCGCAUGAGGACCAGCUUGCCAGACCAAAAGUACGAGAACCUGAAGUUUCAAGCACCAUUCCUGAAGAGUCACCAGCCACAGACCCGUUGCUGUCAGCGGGGAUGCAGAUCGAGGCAGAACUUGGCACUUCUGAAACAGAGCUUGGCACUUGUGAAACAGUCCAACCAACUUCUCGCCGGGCAGAGUCUGCUGAAGCAAAGUCGGUUGAGGAGCAAGAGCGCUAUGCAAAACAAGAAGAAGAUCAUCUGGCUGCAAUUGCUGUCCUCCAGGAACAAGUUGACUCUCUAAAAGAGAAGAACAAGGAGCUAUCGGCUUCUCUAAAAGUCUUGGGUACUUCAGAGCGUGUUAAAGCUGAGGCCACAAUCAAGGAAGAAUUGACCAACGCAAAGAAUCUCCAGCACCAUCUGGACCAAGCUCUUCAGAUAGAGAAGAUCCUCAAAGAUCAUGUAGAGUCAGAGAGGAAGAUGGGCCAGGAUGCUGAUUCUCAACUAGUUGCUGCUAGGCAGCAGAUCCGAAAUCUGAGUACUCUCUUGGAGAAGUCCAUAGCAGAAAAAGAAGAAAUCAAGGUGGCUACCACCUCCAUUCUCCAAAUGGUCUCUGAAUUGCCUGAGAAUGAAGUUUCCAAUCCCUUGGAACAGAUGCCUGGUCUGAUCCAAGUAUACUGUAAGAAAGCAGCUAGAGUUUUUGCUUUGAAAGCACUUGGCUCAGUGAGAGCUUUCUUCCCCAGUCUUGAUCUUACUCCAGUUGGUGAGGGUAUACCAGAAGAUUGCUCAAGUGAAGAUUUAGCUGGUCACAUAGCUGCAAUGGAGUCUGUAGCGGAAAGGCUACUCGCUGACAAUGUGACCUAG